GUGUUACUCAUAGUUUUUGUUGUAUACUUUUUUAAGCAUGUUUGAUGCUGAAUAUGCAAAUGAUAUUGUCAUGAAAAACAAUACUCCCUCUGUUUGCUAUUAAUUGGCUUGAUUUGACUCAGCUAAGGUUUUAAAAAAUGUUAUGGAAAUUAACUGGAAAAAGUUAGUGGAAGAUAUAUCCUACUUUCAUAUAAUAGUUUUAUAAUAAAGUGUGGGUGAGACAGUUAAUUCACAAUCAGACGAAAAUGACAAAUGCUAGUAUAUUAUUAAUGGUAUAAAGAUUUAGUUAUUCACAAUCAGACGAAAAUGACAAAUACUAGUAUAUUAUUAAUGGCGUAAAGAUUUUCAUAACUAAAUUUAAUCACUCAUUAGUAACAAUAGAUCUAUUAAAAAUAAAAAAAAAUUAUAAAUAAGAGUAAAAUAUGUUUCACACAGAUUGUGUGUUAUUUUGUGAUGUUACGAAAAUACCCCAGAAUUGGUGUCGUAUUUGCGUAGUCCUACCCCACCCUUCGACACACCUCAAAAAUGGAUUCAGUUGCAAAGCGACCAAUACUUUCUCCCUCCUAAGUCCCAACCCCUCUCUUUCUCUCUCCAAAUAUACAAUUUAUUAGGGUUUUCAAUACAAAGUGCCAAGCUCGAAAAGAGGGAAAAGAAAAAGGCGCUUACCCUUCCUGAAAAGGAAAUUACAUGCAAACCCAUAUUUUUGUCUUCUUGAAUACAAGGUAAAAAUAGUUAGGGUUUUAACAAAUUGGGUUGUUUUUGCACUUGCCCCUUUCAUGAAUUGCGAGAAUUUCGUCAAUCGAUGUCACUUCAAUUUCAUGGUGUAUGAAUGGAUUUUUCGGUUUUCGCGGCCGAUUAUUCGUCGUUUUUGAUAGCCCUAGUAGCAACUAUUUUCUGUUUGGUUCUCGCGAGCGCUGUGAUUUUCCAGAGAGUGAGGUUAGGGCUGGGUCGUUCCAAUUGCGCUAGUCCGAGUGAGGAGAGGGAAAUCGGUGGCGGGGAAAUGACUGCGCGGGUGAUUGGAGGUGUGAGUGAGAAUGGCGGGGAGAAGGCGGGGGAGAGACAGUCGGGGGCGUCGAUGAUGGAGCAACUGGUGCCGGAGAUCACCACGCAUGCCUUGAGUUACUUGGAUUAUCCGAGCCUCUGCCGCCUCUCCAUGACGAAUUCACUCAUGCGGAGAGCUGCCAAUGAUGACAAUGCGUGGAAGGCGCUCUACCAUAAGGAUUUCACUUUGGAGCAAGACAAUGUAACCCCACCUAAUGGGUGGAAAGCAUAUUACGCUGCUACAAGAGCUGUCGUUACUGUAAAUACUGAAUUUUUUAGGAUUAUCAGGGAAAGAUUGCUUCAAGCUAUGCGUCAGUUUUGGCUUCAUGCUGAUUACGUCAAGUGUUUUCAUGCAACUGGGGAGUCAUUUAGUGGUGAUGGGGAGCUGGCAGCUAGCAUUUAACUGGGAGAAUGUGGCUGAUUUCCGGAUACAAGAUGUUAGGGUUCGUGUAAUGCCAAGUAUGGCUUGGGUGACUAUGAAAGCUUAUCUUGACAUUGGAGCUGGUCCGUUCCAUGUGACAAAUAUAUAUGAGUUGCAUG